AGGAAGGAGAAACGGAAACCGGCCUGUUUUGCUCUCCAUUCUUCCCGAAGGAUUAGCAGGCAAGUUUUCUCAUCAUCGCCCCCAUCCUCCGAAUCUGACACCGGUCAAAUUGGUCCGUAAUAAUGUCAACUCUAUAUAGUGGGGAGUUCGGAAGACAAAACAGAGGAAAAGGACGCCAUGGAUUGACUCAGCAGAAGAAGAAGCAGGAGAUUCAGGAAGCAUUCGAAUUAUUUGACACUGACGGCUCAGGCACUAUCGAUGCCAAGGAGCUAAAUGUUGCCAUGAGGGCCCUUGGCUUUGAGAUGACAGAUGAGCAAAUUAAUCAAAUGAUAGCAGAUGUGGAUAAGGAUGGCAGUGGAUCAAUUGAUUAUAAAGAAUUUGAGCAUAUGAUGACUGCCAAAAUAGGAGAAAGGGACACAAGGGACGAGCUCUUGAAAGCUUUUCAGAUUAUUGAUGGGGAUAAAAAUGGAAAGAUAUCUGCAGCAGACAUCAAACGCAUUGCAGCAGAACUAGGCGAAAGUUUUUCUGACAGAGAUAUCCAGGAGAUGAUUGAUGAAGCUGACCGAGAUCGUGAUGGAGAAGUUAACGCAGAUGAGUUCAUCAAGAUGAUGAGGAAAACUAGCUACGGUUACUAGUUACAUCUAUGUGGAAUGUUCUUUUACUUAGGUUUUGCUGUUGUAUUGAUGAUUUUUUAGUUGUAUGUGGAGGAAAACUAGCUACGGCUGUGACUUGAAUACUUGAUUUUCUGUAUGUGACUGCUCUGUAUUUGUAUCUAUUGUGAAUCCGAGAUAGUUUUUUCUGCUGUUACUAUGAUAUAUUUCGGAGAAAUUUGAACGAAUUAAACUCAAGUUCAGUG